UGCUGGUUGCGACUCUGCUAGGUAGCCUGGCUGACGCCAACCCGGGAGCUGCACGGGGAUGUCCAAUCGAAGUGAUCGAACCUGCACGCCUUUGGCUGCAUGCUUGGGGCGCUUCCACGUUCCUUGUUCUGGGGCGGCAUCAGCAAAGGCUGGAAUAUGCCAGAACCUGGCUGUGGCGAUGGAACAAGUUCCAGGUUGGUGUAGUCGCCGGAUCCUGCCUGCGCCGUCGCUGUGCCUGCCCGCCAACAGCCGGCAAACUCCUCCGCGACGAUCACCGCCGGACUGGAGCGGUCCGGGCUACUGCUGCGGCAUGCGCGAUAUAAAGAAUGUUCGGAUAAUGGCCUCGAGUUGUUCGCUGGAUCUUCCCACCCCUCUCCCGGACUCGGAUCCAGCUGCGACCCUUCUUUGUUUGGGUUGUUGUUGUUGGGCCCCGAGCUGUUCAUCCGCUGUUCGGGCCCUCGAGGAGAACAACGCUCCACAUACUGCCCUCCGGUCCGACUUUAAAAGUACCAGGAAACCGCCAUUACGUCUAGCUUCCUGACCGCAGAGUCUGGUCGUAAUCGUUCGAGACGCCAUGGCCAACGAAUCUGCGCCCGGAGCGCCCCCCGAUUUAGAGGCCGCCGUCUCUCGGCCCACGGGCAUUACGUUCGAGGACGGCACCAACAAUCCUCGUGUUCCCCGCGAGGCUCGCGAGGCUCGUCGCGGUCGCUCGGACCGGAGAAGCAAUUCGCGGUCUCGCUCCCGCCGCCGCUCGCUCAGCAUCAGCUCGGCCGGAGCUGCGUCCACCUCUCCCUACAGCGGCGUUCCCAUCGAGUACCGCACCCUUUCCAUCCAAGUCGCCGAGUCCCAGGCCUUCCCCGACGAAGCUGGCGAGCUCAAGGGGAAAGCCGCGGGGAAGAAGGACGACCAGGACUAUUUCGCCAAUCUCAGCUUCCACCAGCUCGCUACCGACCAGAUCUGCCAGCAGCUCCAUGUCUCCCCUGACCAAGGUCUCUCCGACGAGGCGGCCGCCCGCCGCCUGGAGCGCGACGGCCGCAACACGCUGCCCAAGCCCAAGACGAACUACGCCAAGAAGCUCUUUUGGUAUGUCUUUGGCGGCUUCUGCUCCGUCCUCUGGAUCGGCGUCAUCAUCUUCUUCAUCUGCUGGCGUCCCCUGAGCGACCCGCCGUCGCCCACCAUGCUUGCCCUCGCCAUCCUCGUCAUCAUCGUCAUCGUCCUCCAGGCCGGCUUCUCGGCCUUUCAGGAUUGGUCAACCGUCCGCACGAUGAGCUCCAUCAUGGACCUGCUGCCGUCCGAGACCAUGGUCCUCCGCGACGGCAAGAAGAAGCGCAUCUCGGCCGCCGAACUCGUCAGUGGCGACAUCGUCUUCCUCGAGAUUGGCAACAAGGUCCCCGCCGAUAUGAGGCUCCUGAGCCACUCCGGUGACAUCCGCUUCGACCGGUCGAUUCUCACGGGCGAGUCGGACGAGAUCGAAGGCGCCGUCGACUGCACGGACCCCAACUUUCUGGAAAGCCGCAACAUCGCUCUCAUGGGCUGCAUCGUCUGCAACGGCAGUGGCAUGGGCGUCGUCAUCCUCACGGGUGCCCGGUCCGUCAUGGGUCGCAUUGCUGCCGCCACGGCCGGUGUCAAGGAGAAGCCGACGCUGAUUCAACGCGAGAUUUCGCGCUUCGUACGCAUCAUCGUCUGCCUCACCGUCGUCCUCGCCCUCUUGAUUCUCUUCACCUGGGUGGGCUGGCUGCGCGUUAAGCACUACAGCUUCAUGAAUGUCGUGGCCAUGCUGAACAACGUGAUGGGUUGCGUCGUGGCUUUCAUUCCUGAGGGCAUGCCGGUUGGCGUCGCCCUCACCCUCAUGAUGGUUGCUCGCCGGAUGAAGGCUGCGAACAUCCUGCCAAAAGGCCUCGCGACCGUCGAGACGCUCGGCUGCGUCAACGUCAUCUGCUCGGACAAGACGGGCACGCUUACCACGAACGAGAUGCAUGUGGCCUCGGUCGCGUUGGUCGACCACGAGUUCUCGUCGCCCGAGGACGUCUACCAGGACCUGCGGUCCGAGAAGCCGUCAAACAGCGCUUCCGCCCUCUACCGCGCUGCCGAACUCUGCCAUGAUGCCUCGUUUGAUCCGACCUCAAUUCACCUUCCCCCGCGCGAUCGCCAGGUCCAGGGAAAUGCCACCGACUCUGCCGUCCUCCGCUUCGUCGCUGCUGGGAUGCAGGGGGACAGCACACCGCGGAGGCCCCGAGACUUUGAGAUCCCCUUCAACUCGAAGAACAAGUGGAUGCUUGCCAUGUACCGCGACGCGAAGGAUGCCACCUCCGAGAAGGCCGAUUCGUAUCAAGUCUACAUCAAGGGAGCUCCCGACGUCCUGCUGCCAGCAUGCACGCAUUACUGGUCACGCAAAACCGACUCGGUUCAGCCGCUUGACUUGGCUGCUCGCGCCGCCUUCAAGGCCUUUCAGGACAAGCAUUCCCGCCUCGCCGAGCGCGUCAUCGUUCUGUGCGAGAAGGCCAUGAGACCCAGGAGCGCGCACGGUACCAACGCCUUCAGCGACGAGGUUGCCGCCGACGCCAUCUCGAACCUCACUGUUGUGGGAAUCAUGGGCAUCAUCGACCCCCCGCGAAUGGAGACGGCCCAUACCAUCUCCGAGUGCCGCCGUGCUGGGGCCCGCUUCUUCAUGGUGACGGGCGACUACGGCCUGACUGCCGCUGCUAUUGCCACCCAGGUUGGUAUCUUCACCGGUCCGCGCGAGCCCGACACGUUCGACCAAGUCCGUGCCGCCUCCGGCGUUCUCUCUGCCUCCGAGUCCAGCGACAAGAGCAUCUCGACCGAGCGCAGCAGCCUCCUGCUCGAAGGCAACCAGAUCGCCCGCCUCACACCCGACGACUGGGACGUCGUCUGCCAGUAUCGGGAGAUUGUCUUUGCGCGCACGACCCCCGAGCAGAAGCUCCGCAUUGUCAACGAGUUCCGUGCGCGCGACAGUGUCGUAGCCGUGACGGGCGACGGAGUCAACGACGCACCCGCCAUGCGCGCCGCCGAUGUGGGUAUCGCCGUGGUUUCGGGGUCCGAUGUCGCCAUCGAAGCGUCUGACCUGGUCCUCCUCGACCGCUUCGACGAGAUCGUGCAAGCCAUUCGCCUCGGCCGCCUCGUAUUCCAGAACCUGCAGAAAGUCAUUGCCUACCUGCUCCCCGCCGGCUCCUGGUCCGAGAUCUGGCCUGUGCUCCUCAACGUCUUCUUCGGCGUCCCGCUGCCCCUCAGCUCGUUCCUCAUGAUCAUCAUCUGCGUCUUCACCGACCUGUUUCUCUCCAUGUCCCUGAUCAUGGAGAAGGAGGAGUUCGAUCUCCUGUCGCUCCCGCCCCGGAACCACAAGCGCGACCACCUCAUCAACCUCCGCAUCUACUUGCAAGCCUAUCUGUUCAUCGGCUGCCUAGAGACCGUCACGGCCCACGCCAUGUUCUUCCUCUACAUGUGGAAGUACGCCGGCAUCCCGGCCAACCGCCUCUUUUUCGCCUUCGAGAGCUACUCGGACGGCUUCUACGGCUACACGGCCGACGAGCUGCAGCGCUUCAACGCCACGGGCCAGUGCGUCUACUUCGUCACACUCGUCUUCCUGCAGUGGGGCAACAUCCUGUCGGUGCGCAACCGCCGGCUGAGCAUCGUGCAGGCCGACCCGAUCCGGCCCCAGCGCCGCAACCCAUGGCUGAUCCUGUCCAUGGCCGUCAGCCUGGCCAUCGCCGUCUUCGUCACCGAGGUGCCCGGCAUCCAGACCCUGUUCGGCACCGCCCCGGUGCCCAUCGAGUUCUGGCUCAUCCCGAUCCCGCUGGCCCUGGGCAUCCUGUGCAUGGACGAGCUCAGGAAGCUGGUUGUCAGGCUCUUCCCCAACGGCCCGGUUGCCCGUAUUGCUUGGUAACAGUUGCUGCGACGGGGGGUAGCGUAUCGCGAUAGGAUUGGGGGGUGACUGAGAAGUAAGCUCGGCUACGGAGGUACCUAUGCUGAAAGGUUAUGUACCUACAUAAUCGCGUAACCAUAAGAGAAUAGCACACUUAUCAGACUUUUUCAGGGGCUUCCAUAGUUGUAGGCGUACAACAGAGAUUUACAUAAGAUAU